AUGAGUACUGACACGUGGCGGCCGCAACCUGGAGUCAGGCAGCGCGCAUCCGCGUUUGCCCCAUGGCUCCAGGUUCUCCAGUGGUCAUCAAAGACCAAUUACUGCUGUGGACUUCAGGCGCAAAGAGGAGACGUGUGUGUGUUGGGACAUGACAGUGGACCUGUGUUCGAGGAGCAGCCGAGCAGCGUCAUUUACCCCGAGGGGCUUUCAGAGGGGAAAGUGACCCUGAGCUGCAGAGCACGGGCCAGCCCUGCGGCAUCCUACAGAUGGUUGGUGAAUGGCACUGAGGUACCGCUGGGUCUGGACACUCGUUACACUCUAGUGGCUGGAAGUCUAGUGAUCAGUAGUCCUGAACCAGGCCAGGACACGGGCUCAUACCAGUGUCUUGCCAUCAACCGCUGUGGCACGAUCAUCAGUCAGGCUGCCAACCUCAAAUUUGGCUACCUUCAUGACUUCUCCCCGGACAGCAGAAACCCACAGACUGCAUAUGAAGGAGUGGGACUGUUUAUGGCCUGCCAGCCUCCUCCCCAUUACCCAGCUCUAUCCUAUCGGUGGUUCAUCAAUGAUUUUCCAAAUUUUAUCAAGAAGGACGAUCCACGCUGGUUUGUGUCUCAAGUCACAGGGAACUUAUAUGUGGCCAAAGCAGAACCUAAUGAUACUGGGAACUACUUUUGUUUCACCACCGUUAACAUGGACGCCAGCACAAAAAGCACAUUCAGCAAAGCAAAUCAACUCACUGUGGUGGCAGAUGCUAAUGCUCGGAAGUCAGCGCCAAGUAUCAUAGUACGGUUUCCAGCUGAUACUUACGCUUUGGCUGGACACACAGCUCAUCUGGAGUGUUUUGCUUAUGGAAAUCCGGUGCCAAAGAUCAGAUGGAGAAAGGUGGAUAGCCUCUUACCAUCUAAAGCAGGCUCCAGUGGGGAUGGCCCCUCACUCGAACUCCCAGAUCUGUCCUUUGAUGAUGAAGGGCUCUACGAAUGUGAGGCCUACAACUCUGAAGGAAGUGACAAAUAUCAGGGGAGAAUCAACGUACAAGCUCAGCCUCAGUGGAUGCAGGUGAUGAGUGACUCUGAGGUAGAGAUCAGUUCAGAGCUGCACUGGAGUUGUGCUGCUACAGGGAAACCACGGCCUGCUGUUCACUGGCUCCGCAAUGGACAGCCUCUAAUAACACAGGAUCGAGUGGAAGUAAAUGGACCUCAACUCAAAAUCAGUAACCUGGCUCUUGAAGACUCUGGGAUGUACCAGUGUGUCGCUGAGAACAAGCACGGCACCAUUUACUCCACCGCCGAGCUCAGGGUUCAAGUCCAGGUUCCAGACUUCAGGUCAAAUCCAGUGAAAAAGCUGAUCCCAGCGGCUCGCGGGGGAGAGGUGAUGAUUGAGUGUCGGCCUCGUGCUGCACCAAAACCCAGUCUCUUCUGGAGCCGAGGGACUGAGCUGCUUAUCAACAGCACCAGAGUCACAGUAACUCCUGAUGGUGUUUUACGGAUUUAUAAUAUCAGCAGAGCAGAUGAAGGGAAAUACACAUGCUUUGCUGAAAACUACCUUGGCAAAGCCAACAGCACUGGUCACCUCUCUGUCAGAGAUGCCACAAAGAUCACCCUGGCUCCGUCCAAUGCUGACAUAAACCAAGGUGAGAAUGUCACCAUGCAGUGCCAUGCUUCCCACGACCCCACAAUGGACCUGACCUUUACAUGGGCGCUCAACGGAGCCCCCCUGGAUCUGGAACAUCCCUCUGGGCCGUACUUCCGCAUGGAGGAGAAAGAGAACAUUGGAGAUUUGUUGAUAGUUAACACUCAGCUUAAUCAGGCGGGGGUGUACACAUGCACGGCGCAGACAGUGGUGGACAGCGCAUCAUCAUCAGCUAAACUAGUGGUGCGAGGCCCACCUGGACCUCCUGGGGGGUUGCUGGUUCGAAAUGUGGCAGAAACAUCUGUUGAGCUGAGAUGGAGUAGAGGCUAUGACAACCACAGUCCCAUUGGCAAAUAUGUGAUCAUGGGUCGCUCCUCACUGACCUCUGAAUGGAAGAAGAUGAGAACAGAACCUGCAAACAUUGAGGGGAAUGCAGAGUUUGCCCAGGUCAUUGGAUUAAUACCAUGGAUGGACUAUCAAUUCCAGGUCAUUGCCAGCAACAUUCUGGGUAGUGGAGAGCCCAGUAUGCCCUCCAAAACCAUCCGCACCUUGCAGGCAGCCCCCACAGUUGCACCCAGUGGUCUUGGAGGAGGAGGUGGAGAUUGCGGCGAGCUCAUUAUUACCUGGACGCGCAUGGCCAGAGAAUAUCAAAAUGGUGAUGGUUUUGGGUAUAUCUUGGCUAUAAAGAAAAAAGACCCCUCCUCAUCGUGGGAGUCUGUGCGUGUUCCUCAUGUGGAGUCGUCCCGGUAUGUGUACGUCAACAGCAGCCAGGAGCCAUACAGCCCAUUUGACGUAAAGAUCAAGGCCUAUAACCGGCGAGGGGAGGGCCCUUUCAGUCAGAUUGCUGUGGUGUACUCUGCAGAAGAGGCUCCGACUGUGGGUCCCCAGAGCAUAAACGCCACAGCGCUCACGGCCUUUGAUAUCCUGGUUUCAUGGGAUCCAGUGCAGCCGCUUAGUGCCAAUGGAAUCCUCCGAGGAUAUGAGAUCCGAUACUGGAGGCAGCACGAGCGUGAAGCAGCAGCAGACAGAGUGCGUAUUGCAGGACAGGAGUCAUUUGCUCGAGUGUCAGGGCUCAGACCCAGCACUCGGUACCAUGUGGCUGUUCUGGCGUACAACAACGCAGGCACGGGUCCCCUGUCUCCUCGGACCACUGUCACCACCAGGAAACCACCUCCUAACCGCCCUCCUGGAAAUGUUUCUUGGAAAACCCAAAGCUCUUCAUUGUUAUUGAGAUGGGAUCCAGUCAUCGCGAUGCACAAUGAAUCUGCUGUGUUAGGGUACAAAGUUUUGCUAAAGCAUGAUGGACAGACCACUCUGAAGGUCCUGGAUAAAACAAAGACUUCAGCGAGCCUGCCUCUGGAUAAAGACUAUGGUUACGUGGUGCUGGAGAUCCGCUCAUGGGGAGAUGGAGGCGAUGGUCCAGCUCAUGAGAUCAUUGUUUCUCAGGAAUCAGGAACCGGGAUGAUGGUGCAGAGUGGGGCACAGUCCACAAAGACAGUCCAGUUCAUCCAGAUGUUUGGAGGUCUGGCUCUUCUGACCACGGCCAUGUGUUUGGGCCUGUGAUUUCAACAUAACAG